AUGAUUGACUGGAGUGCAUACGAGGGUUCACGACGACACCCCUGCAAGGCGCCUCAUCAUCCCCUUUCGCCUUCUGUUCCUCCCUGCACCUCGUCCCCCUGUCUCCCCCCUCACUCCCCUCCCACCUUCCCACUGCCCGCCAGCUCGGCCCUUGUUGCCUCACUGCCCUGGCUGCCACCGCUGCAGCAGCUGGGUUUGAGCAGAGGGCACGUGGGCAAGCGACGAGGGGAUGCAGGGGAGGAUGAUGAGGUGAGCUAUGCGGUGUCCUUGCAGCAGCUGGGUGUGAGCAGAGGGCACGUGGGCAGGCGAUGCGGGGACACGAGUGCAGGGGGCGAGGAGGAUGAGGCCCUCUUCCUCCCCCACGCACUAACGGACGAAGCUCGCCGCCUCUUCAACGCCUUUGCCCACCGCUUCCAAUGUGCCAUCGGUGCUCCCAUGCCUGCAGCCUCUGGUGCUGCUUCUAGUGCUACAGCUGCUGCUGCUGCUGCAACAAGUGGGGUGGUGGCAGCGGCAGCAGGGGCAGCAGGGGCAGCAGGGGCAGGAGGGGAAGCAGUCAUCCCCAUCCCCAUGCCGCACAUGCCCCCGCACUGGCCCGUGCUCUACGUGCUGCUGCAUGCGUGCGACAAGCUCACAUUGUUUGGCCUUACCCGCAACGCCUCCGUGCAUGUGCUGCAGAGCCCCAUGCACGUGCCUUCAGUGCGAUCAGAGCUGCAUCGGCGCCCAUCGCUGCUGGUGCUAGAGUCACUGCUCCAUUCACUGGCACGCACCAACUUGCUCAGCUGCUGCGGGGGCAUCGAAGACCACUUCUGUCGCCUGCCACUGCUGCUGCCUGUGCGUGAUAGAGGUGGGAGAGAGAGUGUUGCCUCUGGGGGUGAUAGGGGUGCGAGCAGUGAGAGGGACAGUGUUGCCUCUGGUGCUAGUGGAACAGGGGAGGUGGCUUCUGGUGCGGGUGGUAAUGGUGCAGGCUUGCUUGGUGGAGAGGGGACUGGGGAAGGAGUUGGGGUGGCAGGUAGAGGCAUGGGAUGGGCUGGACAGGAGAGGCAGGAGAAAGAGGGGACAGGGCAGGGGGGUGAGGAAGCUCGCAGUGGUGCUGGCGAUGGUGAAGUGCAUGGGAACGAAGGGGGCACUGCUCUUAGCAGAAGAUCUGUUAACGAGGAAGACUAUGAUGAGGAUGAGGUGGAUAGCAGAGGCAGGGCAGGGAAGGUGGUAGGGGGGCAGGGUGCUGUGGAGGGGGCAGGGUGGGGGGAUGAGUAUGGGGACGAGGGGGAGGAAUGGGGGGAGGCGGGAGAGGGGGAAGGGGGGGGAGAAGGGACGGGUGGGGGGGAAGAUGAUUACGAGUAUGAUGAUGACUACUAUGGGGCGCCUAUUGAGGAGUUGAUGAGUGACCUGGAGCAUGCCAAUGCGGCACAUGCCCAAGAGGUGCAACAAACAGAUGCGUAA